CCCACACUAUAAAUACCAAAUAAGCCGUAAAAUCUUAACCCUAGCUUCCCCUCCUCAAUUUCACAGAGCAAAAGUGUGUGUGCGAGAGAGAGAGGUCAGAAAAGAUGCAGAUCUUCGUGAAAACCCUAACGGGUAAAACCAUAACCCUAGAAGUCGAAUCCUCCGACACCAUCGACAAUGUGAAAGCAAAGAUCCAAGACAAAGAAGGCAUUCCACCAGACCAACAACGUCUGAUUUUCGCCGGAAAACAACUUGAAGAUGGUCGCACACUUGCUGAUUACAACAUCCAGAAAGAGUCGACUCUUCACCUUGUUCUUCGUCUGAGAGGUGGUGCUAAGAAGCGUAAGAAGAAGACUUACACUAAGCCUAAGAAGAUUAAGCACAAGAAGAAGAAGGUUAAGUUGCCUGUUCUUCAGUUUUAUAAGGUUUCUGAUUCUGCUAAGAUUCAGAGGUUGAGGAAGGAGUGCCCUAAUGCUGAGUGUGGUGCUGGUACUUUUAUGGCUAAUCAUUUUGAUCGUCAUUAUUGUGGUAAGUGUGGUUUAACCUAUGUUUACCAGAAGGCUGGAGGCGAUUAAAGCAUGGAUUGAUAGCAGAAUCUUGAAAGUCAGUGCUUUCAAUUUUUAUGUUAUAUUUAGUUUUUGAGAUUUUUAGAUUCUUGCAAGACUUUUCGUAAUCUUAGUUGUUAUGGUUAUCGUUUGUUGAGGAUUAUAUUAUAACUCUGUUGUUUUUGCUAA